CCGGAGUUCUCUGUCAACAAAGAUGGCGAAUCACUACGAAAUUCCAAAGUGGGCGGGGAAGCCUCCAGUGGGGCUACACCUGGACGUUGCCAAGGGGGACAAGCUCAUACAGAAAUUAAUGAUUGACGAGAAGAAAUGUUACCUAUUUGGACGCAAUCCACAACUUAACGACUUCUGCAUCGACCACGCCUCUUGUUCCCGCGUCCACUCCUCCCUGGUGUACCACAAACACCUCAACAUGGCCUUCCUGGUGGACCUCGGCAGCACGCACGGAACCUUCAUCGGCAACAUUCGACUGGAGAGCCUCAAGCCAACACAGCUCCCGGUCAACUCCACCUUCCACUUCGGUGCCUCCACCCGCAUGUACACCCUCAGAGAACGCCCCCAGACUGCCCCCAAGCCCGUCAUGGAGGAGCUGGAGCGUAUGACAGAGGACAGCGAUGGGGGGCUUCUCGGACUGCCGGAAACGGAGACCGAGCUGGAUAACCUGACAGAGUUCAACACCGCCCACAACCGACGCAUCUCCAUGUUGGGGAUUGGCGAGGACGACCCCAAGCAGCGGGGACUCAAGAGACACAAAUUCAAUGUGAGUUUCAAGGAUGAGGAGGACGUCAUCAACCCAGAGGACGUCGACCCUAGUGUGGGACGCUUCAGGAACCUUGUACAGACUACCGUGGUGCCCUCCAAGAAACGGCGUUUGGACAUCAGCGGCCUGGUGUCCAAUAGUGUAGCAAGAGAGGUGGAUGGAUCAAUGAAGAACCAGAUGCCCUUCCCCCGCAGUGAUGGCCUGUACGGUGACCUCCCCCCUGAGCAGCACGGCCACGGCGGGUCACACCACUGUAUGUUCUCGUCCCUGCUCUCCUCCAAACUGGGCAUGCCUCUUCCGAACCCUGCCCCAGAGGUCGAGUUGGCGCCUCCUGAACCAAUUGCCCCAGAGAAGCCACCUCACAUCCAGGUGUCGGUGGAUCCUGACGAGCCCAAGAAGAAGAAAUAUGCAAAGGAAGCUUGGCCGGGAAAAAAACCCACUCCUUCCUUACUAGUAUAGCCUUACUACCACUGCUGCUGCCGCCGCCGCCGCCGCUGUGCUAACGAGACUAUAAUUUUGUACGUCAUGUGUGUUUCUGUGUGUGUGUGUGUGUGUGUGUGUGUGUGUGUUUGUGUGUGUGUGUGUGUUUGUUUGUUUUGGUGCGUUUUGUGUUAGUUUCCACUUCUUUUUUUUUGUGUUUAUUUUUUUUCUCUUGUUUUUCUCUUCAUGUUUGAUUUUGUUUGUUUGUUUUAUUUGUUUAUAGUUUAGUUGUUUUUUUUCUGUUUUGUUUAUUUAUUUUUGUUUAUUUUAUUUAUUUAUUUAUUUAUUUUUUGUUAGAAGUUACGCUUGUCAUUUUCUUUCCUUUUUUUUAUUUCAUUUAUUUUUUUCAUUUAUUUAUACCUUAUUUAUCUUUACUCUGUUUUCUAUCUUUUAUUUAUUUAUUUUUCUGUGUUUAUUUAUCUUUUUUAUUUUGUGUUAGAAUUUACACGUCAUUAUUUUUUCAUUAUUUUUUUCCUGUUUAUUUUUCUGUUUUACCUUAUUUAAUUUGUUGCUGCAUGAGUAAUUGUGAGAAGGAGAUUCAGCAAAGGCACAAAAAAUGGAGGAUGAUAAUCUCUUUCUGCUAAACUUUCACAAUGCUCAAAAAAAAAAGAAAAAAAAAUUACUGGACUCAAGAAAAAAACACAACACAACAAUAUCUUUCACAAAACUAAAAAAAAAAAAAUCACUUCAAACCAACAAUAUCUUUCACAAAACAACAAUAUCUUAAACAAAACUAAAAAAAAAAGAAAAUCACUUCAAACCAACAAUAUCUUUCACAAAACUAAAAAAAAAAAAAAAAAACACUUCAAAACAAAUUUCACACAAAAAAAGAACACCAAAAAACAACAAUAUCUUAAAAAAAAAAACUAUAAAAAAAAAUCUUUCACAACACCUAAAAAAAAAAAAAAAAAAAAACACACACUUCAGACCAACACGAUCCACUGCCACCCAUCAAAUCAUCCGGCGCAUCAAGAAAACACACUACAACACUUAAUACUUUGCACCACACUUGUUAAGAUAGUGAAAAUAAGAUGCCAUAGUAUACACAGAAAUACAGACCCUUAAUUUCGCCGCUGCCAAACAUACGUAAUACGAAUAUUCUUACAUGCAGCAAAUUAAACAGGAUAUUUAAUGGAGAUUAUUAAGACGUAAGUGGAUUUUCUAACACGAGAUGCCUCAAAUUUCUGUGUGUGUGUGUGUGUGUGUGUGUGUGUGUGUGUGUGUGUGUGUGUGUGUGUGUGUGUGUGUGUGUGUGUGUGUGUGUGUGUGUGUACAUGUGCGUAUACAUAUGUAUUUUUCUGGCGUUCUCCUCUACACUGAGCGACGAAUGCUGACUUUGUAUAAAUUUGUAUUUUUCUAUAGUGUAUUUUGUAGGUGGUAGAAAAUGUUAAGUUUGUGUGUGUGUGUGUGUGUGUGUGCGUGUGUGUGUGUGUGUGUAGAUAUACUUUUAAGAUAAUGAUAACAGUAAUAAUAAAAACUGACUGAAUGUAUGUGUGACUAACCAUUUGAGAGAGAGAGAAAGAGAGAGAGAGAGAGAGAGAGAGAGAGAGAGAGAGAGAGAGAGAGUGAUAGUUAGGUAGCCAAUUAGUUAGUUAGGUCUGUACAUUACUUAUCUACCUGAAGAAGUAUUUUGACAACAGCCCCUUGAGGAAUGCUGAGUGUGCCCCAGUACUGCCCCUGCCCCCCCCCCCCCCCCGACCCCCGGCCUAUCCUGGGUCUCCUAAAAUAAGGUCUGCCCAUCCCUGCCUCUCUCGUCCCUGGUGGAAGUGUCUCACAGGACUUAAUAGGCUGAGAGAGUGAGAGAGAGAGAGAGAGGGGGAAGAAGAUGAAAGAUUAUUAAGCUUCUGUAGGACGGAGAGAAAGAGAGAGGUGGACAAGUAUAAGAAAGGGAAGAAAAUGAAAGAUUAUUGAGUUUUAUUGAAUGGAGAGAAAGUGAGAGGCAGAUGAGGGAAGAAGAUGAAAGAAUAUAAAGCUUCUGUUUGACAAAGGGAAAGAGAGAGGUGGACAAGCAUAAGAGAGGGAAGAAAAUGAAAGAUUAUUGAGGUUUUAUGGAACAGAGAGAGAGAGAGAGAGAGAGGUGAAUAAGGGAAGAAGAUGAAAGAUUAUCAAGUUUCUGUGGGAAUGAGAGAAAGAAGGGCACAAUAAGGUGAAUAUAUAUAUAAAUCCAUCCCUUUUAACAGACACACUAUUGGUUAAGGAAAGUUGCAUCACAUUUAGGUUGUUAUGAAAGGACAGUGUUCCAGUAAUGCCCUCCCACCAGUCACUACUUCUGUUUGUUUAUUUAUUUAUUUAUUUAUCUAUUUAUUUAUUGCGUUUGCUCAAAAGGCAUAAAGUUUUGGUUUUAUUGUAUUUAUUAUUUAUAUUUUUUGUAUUUGUUUGUUAAUUGUUAUUUCAUUAGUUUAUGCAUUUUUGUGUAUGUUUAUUUUAGUAUUUAUGAUCUUUCUAAACAAACCAACUAAGAAAAAAAAAGAAUAAUAAGUCCAGUCAAAAAUGCAUUCCCCCCAAAAAAUGAACUAAAAGAACCAAGAGAGAGAGAGAGAGAGAGAGAGAGAGAGAGAGAGGUGGCAAGUCUAGUCUCUGAGGCGCCUUGAAAUUUCAGUAAUAUAUCAGUGUUUUGCCAAGUUAGGGGGUUCACCAAUGGGGGGGUGGGAGGUAGCUGGAGAGGCUGGCUUGUGUUGAUCCUGCUGCCACUGACAUCCCCCCACCCCCACCCCUGCCUCCCCCUCCCCUUCCCCACUCCCCCUCCCCACCCCUGCACCUGUCAUUGGUAAAAAAAAGCACAGGUGUUUGUUUUCUAUCAGAUUAGUGUGGUAUACCUGUUAAUAAGCUGACUAAUUAAAUUUUAUGCCAAUUUCAUAGCCAUGUAUGUUUCUUCCAAGAGAGAGAGAGAGAGAGAGAGGGGGGAGGGAAGAUUAGUUGUAUUUUUGUCCAAGAGAGAGAGAGAGGGAGAGUGUGUGAGAGUUACAGAAGUUAGGUUUGUUUAAUUCAAGAGAUAGAGAAAAUAAGUUGAGUUUUCCCAGAGAGAGAGAGAGAGAGAGAAAAUAAGUUGAGUUUUCCCAGAGAGAGAGAGAGAGAGAGAAAGAAGAGAAGUUGUGUUUUUAUCAGAGAGAGAAGUGAGAUAAUGUAAUUAGAUUUGUAUGUCAUCGUGUUACAUGUUUAAUUCAAGAGAGGAAAAGAGAGAGAGAGAGAGAGAGAGCAAUUCUUUAUCUUCACACUCGUACUUUCACGGGUAUCUUUUCCCAAACAUAAAUUGAUCUAAUAGUAACGUAUAUUUAGUAUCAGACAGAACCUCAACUAUGUGUGACGGUGAGCUGCAGAGGUGCGGGUGGAGGAGGUGAGGUGGUGGGCUGUGUCUGGCAAUGCUGUGUUCCCUUGCCACAGCUGUUUUCAGAGGCCACAGAGAUGGUUAACUGGAUUCCCACUGCUGUUUAUGUAGAAACCUUGUUAAAUCGUUAGAAUUAUGAAAGUAUUGUUGAAAAUCUCAAUAACUUGUACCGGAGGCUGUUGAAGUAUUACUAAAAUCUUGGAAACUCCCUUGAAAACCCCAACAGCUUCCUCUAGAGCCUGUUAGAGCUGUCAGGGCAAGGGAUCUCUUUAAUUGUCACUGGAAUCAUGAAAACACCCUUCAAUAUUCCAACAAGAUCCAGUAGGGCCUGUUGAACUAUCACUGGAAUCAUGAAAACUCCUUGAAAAACUGCAAUAGCUGCCUCUAGAGCCUGUUGGAGCUAGUCAAGACAAAGGAUCUCUUUAAUUGUCACUGGAAUCAUGAAAACACCCUUCAGUAUUCCAGAAUCCACUAGGGCCUGUUGAACUAUUGCUAAAAUCAUGAAAACUCCCUUGAAAACCCCAAUAACUUCCACUGCAAUGAUGAAAACACCCUUAUAAAUGACAAACUUCCAUGACAGCCUUGUUAAAAUAAGCUGAGAUAAGACACGGGAUACCAACUGUUGCCACCGUCACCAACAGACGUGCCAAAUAAUAAUAUGCGUUGUGUCAGAAUGUACACCUCUUGUUUUUACGACUUUUGGCAGCUGUUGUUUGUAUUUUUAAACAGAGAAGCUACCAAAUAAUAAAUGAAUUGUCUUCCUUGACAAGAAAAAUCAAGUGAGGGAUUUAUCAAGUACUCAAAAGAAUUAAAAAAAACAUUCCUUUCCUCUUUAGUUCAUUGUUUCAGCACACACACACACCCUGAGGCACCACCACCACCACCACCACCAGUACAGCAGCAGAUGUGUUGGCCUCAAUGAGGCUGUCUGUGAUUGGCUGCUGAUCUAAAGUAAGCAAUGUAGUUAGCAAGGUGGUGGUGGUUAGUUCAUUCUAUAUUUGUUUUCAUGUGUUGGUUCCUUUAGGUUUACUGAUUUGUCACUUUUUUAUAUAAUUUAGCUGAAAUACAUACAAUUGUGUAAUUUAAAAUACUGAAAUCCAAAUCUUUUAUCUUCAUUCAUUUAUUUAUUAAUUCAUUUAUUCAUGUUUGUUUUCAUGUGUUGGUUCCUUUAAGUUUACUGAUUUGUCACUUUUUUUACAUAAUUUAGCUGAAAUACAUGCAAUUACGUAACUUAAAAUAUUGAAAUCCGAACUUUUUACCUUCAUUCAUUUAUUUAUUCAUUCAUUCAUGUAUUUAUGUAUCAGUUUUACACUUAAUUCUUGUAUCUUUACCAUUUAUUUGUCUGUUUUGUUUUCUUAUUUUAUUGAUGUAUUUCUUGUAUUUACCUUUGCUCUCUCCUCGCAUUUCUCUUCUUUGUAGUGAUGGUUCAGGCAACAGUGGAAGUUAUAGGAGGUUUUCAGUGGUGUUCUCAUGGUUCCAGUGACAGAUUGACAGGCUGUAAUGGAAGGUACUGAGACUUUCAAGAGUGUUUUUAUAAUUCCAGGGAUAGAUUGACAAGAUUUCUGUAUUAUUAGUGAACAAGACAUUAGUGGAAGUUAUAAGAGUUUUUUAAGAGUGUUUUCAUGGUUCCAGUGACAGAUUAACAGGCUGUAAUGGAAGAUACUUAGAUUUUCAAGAGCAUUUUCAUAAUUUCAGUGAUACAUUAACAAGAUUUCUGCAUUGUUAAUAAGCAAAACACUGGUGGAAGUUAUAAGAGGUUUUCAAGAGUGUUUUCAUGGUUCCAGUGACAGAGUAACAGGCUGUAAUGGAAGAUACAUUUUCAAGAGCAUUUUCAUAACUCCAGUGAUGCAUUAACAAGAUUUUGGUACCAUUAGUGAACCAAACAUCUAUGAAAAUCUACCAGUUCAUCUCUGUGGCCUUUGCAAAGACCAGUGAUGAGACCAGCUUAACCCUUUCACUCCUAGAUAAAUUUUUUGCCAUUAUUUGAAAAACAUAUUAACUCAAUUUUUGUACUCUUAAAUUAACUAGGUAUUCAUUAGUUUCUCUCUCUCUCUCUCUCUCUUUGGCCGUGCAAACUGUUUUCUCACUCUUGCAUGUAGGCAGAUGACCGUAACAGUGAAAGGGUUAAGGGUACAGACCACAGCAUGUAAUAUCAAGCCUAUCAGCCUAUCAGCCAUCAGUCAUAUCAUUCGUCUCUAUAAUUAAAAAAACACUGCCAUUGUUGUUAAGCGGGCAGGGAGGUGAUGGGGGAUCCUGGAUUGACUAGAUUUUUUUUUUUUUUUUUUAGGUUAAGGUACUGACUAUGGAAAGAGUUGAAGUAAAUAAAUGAUUCUGUUGUUCAUAA